CUCCCUCUUGGUUUUUGUCCAGCUGAGGAGGUCUGCUACAACAGGCUGGGAUGUUUCUCAAGCUUCCCACCCUAUUCUGGCACACUGGCCAGACCGGUCAGUCGCUUACCAUGGGCACCAGCGGUGAUUGAUACUCGAUUCCUGCUUUUCACUAAAGAGAAUCCACACCAAUUCCAAGUGAUCAGCGCUCUCAAUGUCUCCUCAGUCUCUCACACCAACUUUAAACCCAGCCAGAAAUCCAUAUUCAUCAUCCAUGGCUUUGUGGAGAUGGGAGACAAGCUGUGGCUGGUAGAGAUGUGCAAGGCUCUCCUAGAAUUGUCAGAUGUGAACUGUUUCUGUGUAGACUGGAAAGGAGGAUCAUUUGCUCUCUACACACAAGCAUCCAACAAUGUCCGUGUAGUGGGGGCAGAAAUUGCCUAUUUCUUGAACACUUUGCAGACAGCGUACAACUAUGACUUGAAUGAUGUGCACCUGAUCGGGCACAGUCUGGGGGCACACGUUGCUGGCGAAGCUGGAAAGAGACAGAGGGGAAUCGGAAGAAUUUCUGGACUGGAUCCAGCUGGUCCCUACUUUGAAUACACCCCACCCUUGGUAAGACUGGACCCUACGGAUGCUGUGUUUGUUGAUGCCAUUCACACAGAUGGGUCAUUCACUAUGGAUAAACUUGGAUAUGGCAUGAUGCACACACUUGGUAAUGUUGACUUUUACCCUAAUGGUGGUGAAGUGAUGCCUGGCUGUGAUAAAAUCUCUCUUGGAAUUGGAGAUAUUGAUGAGCUUAUUGAAGGAAUGAUUGAGCAUGUCCCCUGUAACCACCAAAUGAGUGUUAAGUUCUAUACAGAGAGCAUUCUGAGGCCUGGUGGUUUCGUUGGUUACCCUGCUUCAUCAUAUGGAGGUUUUCAAAAGGGAUCUGGGUUUCCAUGCAGCAAUGUGAGUUGUGCUUUCAUGGGGUACAAGGCAGAUGAAUAUGUGUUUGGUCAUGAUCAAGACUCUACAGACAACCAAAAGUUUUUCCUGAACACUGGAGGCCCUUCAAACUUGCUGCGUAUGUUCUAUCUAAAACUGGCUAUCUCAGCACUACCACUAAAAUCUCAACCACCUGGGAUCACAUGCAUGUGUUUUAGUUUACAUGGUUAA